AUGGUGCAGAAAUCUCGGCUCAUGCGAGCUGUCACCAGCGGUCUUAGUACUGGUGGCAGCUUAGCUCUCGCUUUUAAGCUGCUCAAUUGGGCAGAGAAGGCGGAUUACCUUUCGCCGAUCGUUCACCCUCUUGGCCAUUGGAGGUUUGACUGCCCCUCCUUUGUCUUGGGGCUCCUGUGCGGGAUCGCACUUUUCCUCUUCAUCGAGGCCUGGGUGACGCUCCGGUGGGCUGUGGUUUCCUGGCUUGAGCGGCCAGUGGAUCGACUGGUCGCGGACUUGCGAGAAGAGAUUGGCGAUUUGCGAGCCGAGCUGGCUCAACUGAGGCGUGAGGUACGUGAACUCCGCCGCGAAUACCGAGCGGACUCCAGAGCAUCUGCUGACCGAGACUUGAGUCGCACGCUGGUAGCCGCACGGGCUACGGAUCUCCUACUCCCUCUUCCACAACUCGUGGUGGGCAGCAGUCUCCUGACCCUGAAAGGGACUACUCCGUGUGAGCGGGAGAAUAUCUGUGACAGGAUUGGCGAGUUCAUUUCCAAUUCGCUUCAGGGUCUUCAUCGAGGGACCAGCCAUCGAGAUCAGAUCCCUCUUCCCAGUCGUCUUUGGCUGAUCGUCAGGGACUACCAGGGUCAGAUCUAUACCCCGGUGAAGGUCGUCAAGAGUUGGACGAGCUGCAAGGCAUUGGUGAAACGUCCUGGAGGGGGCGAGUGUGGGGAUAGCAUCUUCGUGGGAUUGCCUUCAGAACGCGAGGCGCGGCGUGAUCGAGCAAUGAGUGUCUUCCGACAGCCUCCUUGGCUCUCGGAUAGACCGCCUCUGGUAUUUGCUGGGGGCUCAGUUUUGAGCGAUUACCCCGUAUGCCUCUGGGUUCUCGAUCCAGAGGAGGGUGGCACUACGAGUUUGCAGGUAAUUCAGAUUUGCUAUUUGGAAGGAAAAGUUUUGGUGGCUGUUCCGUUUGCGGUUUGGCACAAAGCUGUCAACAGGCGCAUCCUACCACCUUCAUCAUUGACGAGACCUACGUUGAUCGAGGUUCAAGCAGCGUCGGCAGACGACCGAAGUGUCGCUGAGGGCGAUUUUUAUUUGAAACUAUGGGUUGGCUUUCUUCGGGACAGCUAUGCGGAUCAGCUGGAGAUUUUCGAGGAGUGCGAUUGUGAGUUCUUUUUUGAUGAGGAGCUCCAGACGCGGCUUCCCCUUGCUCACGCCCUGGUGGAGAUCUCUCAGGAGCACUUCGCCUUCUUCUCAGCAGAUGGCACGGAUGGGGCCCCUUUGACGGCUUCUGAGCAGAUGGCAGCCGGCUUAGAGGAUGAAGAAGAACUGGCAGAUGCUGGUUCCCCUACUGCAAAGCGGCUUCAGCGGUUGGAAGAGACCAUGGUCGACAUCUCCUCUCAGCUAAAGCAGAUGGUGAAGCCCAAAGCUUCAGCCGCUGGACCAAAGUGCAAAGCCAAAGGGAAAGCUUCUGCUCCUUUGAAGGCGAAGGAAAAAGCUGCUGGUGGGACUACAAGCCCGGGAGACCUUCGUGGUCAGUUCCCUCUUUUGGAUGGGGGCGUGACGCAAGCCGCACUACAAGCAGGCAUUCCGAGGUCGAGCUUGGAGCAGAUGCAGCACUUGAUGAUGCGAGGAAAACCUGGGGCCCAGAUGAAGGACCUCAACUCCAAGGUCCAGCCGGAUCCUUUGUCUGAAGACGAGCCAACUGCCGGGGAGGAUAUGCCGGACCCUGACGCUGCUGGAUUUGCAGAGCCUCGGGACCCAGUGUCAUCGACCCUCGACAAGCUGGCGGCGAUUGUGGAGAUCCUGGCAGAGGACAGGAAGAAGAAACAGGCGGCUUCGAGGCUGGAUGCCGCCCUGGAUGGCACCUAUGCCUCAUCCAGCGAUGCUCCCCUCACCGGGGCGGGCAAGAAAGCGGCCGCGGCUAGAAGAGCCUUGAUGGCCGCCUACGACGAUCAGCCUCACGAGAUCUCCAACUUGAUCGAGCGCCAGAUGUUCGAAGAUCUGAACUGCCUGACCUUGGGGCCGGGCAUGGCAGCAAAGGGGCUGAAUGCGAGGGCUUGGGUGGAGUUCCGCUCAAAGGUGAGCAACUAUAGGACCAGUGUUUACUCAUCGUGGAGUGUUGCAGGAAUAUUGGACAGCUUGAUUUCUGGCAAUGUGGCGAAGGCGAGGGCGAGGGCAUGUGUUUUGCUGCUCAUGCUGGAUCAGGCCAGCAUUGACAAAGGGAGCUGGACACUAGCAGGCGAGCUGGCAUUAGAACCGCCCCCACCGUUCUCUUCCUUUUCCCAGCAUCGGGCUCCUGCUAUUCACGAUGGCGAAAGCCCCUUUUCAAAGUUGCUCGAUCCACGCUGGGCAGAGCUUGCCAUGACUCACCUCAAAGACACCGAGGAUUACCUCAGCAAGAGACGAGCACUGGGUCGCCCCGGCACCGUGAAGCCGAAGGACGGCAUGGGAGAAGAGGGCGCCGAAGGCGAAACCCGGAGAAGAGCCAAACCAAAGCCAAAGCCGAAGGCACCUGCCCUCGGCAGCGGCGAGAGCUGA